AUGAUAAAUAAUAAGCAAAUGUCAUAGAUUGAUCUUGCAGCUAUAGAAAAAGUAUUCGCUCUACUCUUGCUAAGUUGUGUCACCUAUAUAUGGUUUACAUUGGUCUCGCUUCAGUUUACAAUCAUAUUGGCUCUGACACUUUGUUCCCUUGCUGUUCUGUUGAAGAUCAAGUGGACCAGAAUUAAGAGAAAGGGAUUCCUAAACAAUGUCUCUCACAAACUUAGAAAGAUCUUAUUGGAGAGAUCCUUAUUUGAUAUUUUGUGCGAUAUAUGGUAUUUCGAAACAAUUAAGAGACAUGUAAGAGUAUUUUUAAGUCCAUUUCUAAUUAAAAAAACCCCAGAAGAAAUAAUCGAAUCCUUUGAAGAUAUCAAUCCUUAAUUGAAAGAGGCAAUCCUUAGAAAAGGAACUAUUAACUUAUUCCCAGAACCAAUUAAAAAGGAGUUAGUGCAAAAUUACUUCUAAGAAGAUGAACUACAGAUUAAUUAGGACAAACAAUUGCAUUAAUAAAUCAUCCAACAGCCAGUCAAAGUGGAACAUUGGGAUAGAUAUGCCGAUUAUGAACAAUACACAUAGAGAAAUAGAAAAAACAACUCUUAAACCUUGUUGCAUGUCAUCUCAUUGUUAAUGCAUAAACCUAUCGUACAUAAGGAGAAUCAUAAAGUGAAUCUGAGAAAUUUGUCCAGCAAAACCCAAUCCUUAUUGGUUGGAUCUGUCAUAUGCAUCCUUGUCCAGAUGUACUUUUCCAAAUCCUCAAGGCAAAUCUAUCAAAAGGCAUUCACCAUCUUGUCGUCUAUGUCUUUGUUGGCAAUGGCUUCCACUGCCCUUGGAGUGAUGGCUUUAAGUAAUAAAAAAUAAAAAACAUUGUGA